CUUUACCUAAAAACAGAACUCAUCACACACUUUUUCUCUUCCGUUCCCCUCCCCCCUCUUUGUUUUCCAUCCUCUCCCCCUUCCCCAUUUACAAAUCAAACCCUUUCCCUCUCUUCUUCAUUUCAAAAUCAUGGGAAAAUACUUGAGAAAAGCUAAAAUCACAGGCGAUGUGGCAGUGAUGGAGGCCACUACUCUUGGUGUUCGCACCAGAGCAAGAACCCUAGCCCUUCAGCGUCUUCAAUCUUCCUCCUCUCCUUCCCCUUCCCCUUCCCCUCCACCGUCCUCUGCUUCUGACUCUUGUUACCUUCAACUUCGUUCUCGCCGCCUUCAGAAAUCCACCCCACUCCCUCACCCCCACACUACUGAGGUCUCUAAGGAACACCCUGAAUCUGUCAAGUCUGGCUCUGUUGGAUCCGUUUCAAUUACCCAAAAUGAUGGGUUUUCUCAAGUUCAGAACAGAGGUCGGGUAACAGAGUAUGUAAAUGAUUUUGGUGCUGAAAUCUCAUUUGGCGGCAAUACUCUUGAUUUUGAACGCAGCGAUAGCACUAGAGAAAGCACACCUUGCAGCGUGGUGAGGGAGGCGGAUGCUAUGGUCAACCCUGGUUCUGCAACAAGGCUUGCAGACUCAAGCGCAACAGCUCAAAUAACAAGGAACUCUAUCCUUAGCAAUAUCCCUUCAGCUCAUGAAAUCGAGGAAUUUUUCACAUUUGCUGAGCAGCAACAGCAGCGCCUUUUUAUGGAGAAGUAUGUAGCAUUCAAAUACAUGGUACAACUUUGAUGUGGCAAAUGAUUUACCGCUUUCUGGCCAGUAUGAAUGGAUUAGGGUGAAUCACUGAGCUGGGGCUGAUUAUUUUUCCCUAGUAGAUCUAAAUUUGGAAUGGUGGUGUGAAGACUGGAUAUUUUAUGUGCCCCCUUCCCCGCCAAACUAAAUUAUUGUAUAAAGAGAGGUGUAGUUUUAGUUCUGUUAGAUGAAAGAAUUACACAUGACCAACAAUUUGGAAGUAGAAUAGGCAUAAAUUGUCGAUUAGGCUUUGACCGUCUUUGUAACUUGCAAGGUGACAUAGCCAACACCUUAUGUACCCUGUGUUCCUUUUUUCUAGUAAUCUAUUUAGGAUUUAUCA